GACCUGUUCCAAUGAGCAACAAAGAGAGCAAGGAGAGAGGAGAUGUCGGUGGAGCAGAAAGCAGCAGGGAAGGAGGAGGAGGGAAAACUGCAGAAGGGAAUUGCAGAGUUCUACGACGAGUCGUCUGGCAUAUGGGAGAACAUUUGGGGCGAUCACAUGCACCACGGCUUUUAUGACCCGGAUUCCACCGUUUCUGUUUCUGAUCAUCGCGCUGCUCAGAUCCGAAUGAUCCAAGAAUCUCUUCGUUUUGCCUCUCUGCUUUCUGAGAACCCUUCUAAAUGGCCCAAGAGUAUAGUUGAUGUUGGGUGUGGCAUAGGGGGCAGCUCCAGAUACCUGGCCAAGAAAUUUGGAGCAACGAGCGUAGGCAUUACUCUGAGUCCUGUUCAAGCUCAAAGAGCAAAUUCUCUUGCUGCUGCUCAAGGAUUGGCUGACAAGGUUUCCUUUGAGGUUGCUGACGCCCUAAAGCAACCAUUCCCUGACGGGAAGUUUGAUCUGGUAUGGUCCAUGGAGAGUGGAGAGCAUAUGCCUGACAAAGCUAAGUUUGUUGGAGAAUUAGCUCGGGUAGCAGCACCAGGUGGCACCAUAAUAAUAGUAACAUGGUGCCACAGGGAUCUUGGCCCUGAUGAACAAUCCCUACUUCCAUGGGAGCAAGAUCUCUUGAAGAAGAUUUGCGAUUCAUAUUACCUUCCAGCUUGGUGCUCAACUUCUGAUUAUGUUAAGUUGCUGGAAUCCCUGUCCCUUCAGGACAUUAAAUCAGCAGAUUGGUCUCCCUUUGUUGCUCCAUUUUGGCCAGCAGUGAUACGCACCGCCCUGACCUGGAAUGGCCUCACUUCACUCUUGCGCAGUGGACUUAAAACCAUAAAGGGAGCUUCGGCUAUGCCAUUGAUGAUAAAAGGAUACAAGAAGGAUCUGAUUAAGUUUAGCAUCAUUACAUGUCGGAAGCCUGAAUAAUAAGCGGAGGCAGGACAUGUUGUUUUCAUAGAAUCUAGCGCAUGUUCUCGUGUGAAUGUAUAAGAGUAUGUGGUUGUUUAAGUGGAUUAUUUAUUUUAAUUUUAUGAGUUUUAUAAUUUUACAAAAAAAUAUUUUAUAUAAAAAUUUAUUUCAAUGCUGUUAAAA